AUGAGAAAAGUGUGGAUCCUGGCGCUGCUGGCGCUGGCGCUGCUGGUGACGCUGGCUAGCGGCCACGAGAAGAAAAAAGAGAGUGGCUUCGAAGAGAGCGGUGGCAGCGAACAUGGCGGCGAUCAUCACUCGAAAAAAGGCGACAAGGGCGACAAGGGGUACGAGAAAAAGCACGGCCUGGAGAAGUCGGAAAAGGGCAGCAAGGGCAAGGAGGAGCACGAGUCACACUAUGGCGAGGAGGGCGGCCACAAGAAGGAAAGCCAUGACGAGGGCGGCCACUUCAAGAAACACCACGAGGAGAAAAAGGGCUCGAAGCACGGUAAGAAAGGCCACAAGAAGGGCCACAAGAAGGGCUCGAAGACGACCGGGUACCACCACAAGUCGCACAAGGACGACUACCACAAGGAGCACAAGUUCUACGACGAUCACCAUAAGGAGGGCCACCACAAGAAGUUUGGUGACUUCAACGAGUUCCACAAGAAGGCCGGUGGCGAUCACAAGAAGGGCGGCCACCACGAGUCCGCGCACAAGGAAGACAAGUACGCGAAAAAGGGCCACUCGGACAAGGGUCACUUCGAUGACGAACACAAGGGCUGGAAGCACAAGCACGGCCACGAGUCGCACUUCUCGCACAAGGACAAGUUUGGCAAAAAGGGCGGCAAAUCGGGCGGCAGCGAACACGGCUACAAAAAGGGUGAUGGUAAACAUUAA